UGUCAAGAAAACAAAUAAUAAACAAUUCCAAAAAUUAAUUUCUGAUUACUUUUAUAAUCUUUUUAAUUUAAAAUGAGUAAGAAGCGGCGUUGCAAAAUGGAAAUAGGUGAAUCGAUUGUUAUAGAGCGCAAUAUAUCCGAAAACGAAAGUGGUAAUGAGAUUGAUAUAAAAUAUGAGGAAGAAGGAAUACAGUCUGAAACUUUGAUGUCCUCAAAAGAAAAUCUGAAAACAAAAGAGAAAAGCAAAACAUAUGAAAGAUGUUUUAAACUAAGUUGGCAUUUUGACAAAAGAUUUACCGAUUGGUUAUUACGAAGUCCAAGUAAUUUACCAUUUUGUAAAUAUUGUGGUGUUGAAUUGAAAGCAACAGGGGGAACACAAGAUUUAAAACAUCACAUGAAAACAAGGAAACAUAUAAGAAAUUCAUCAGUUGGAAAACGUCAAGAAUUUGAGGAACCAGAUAUUAAAGAAAUUGAUCACGUUGAUAUCAUCCAAGACAAUUUAAGUGAAUGUGAGGCACCGUAUCCAUUUGAAGAGAAUGAAAAGGAAGUAAAAUAUUCUACUGAAAAUCCACUAAACAGUGAAAAUUGUAGAAUUUGUGGCGAUUACAUACCUAGUGAGAAAGAUGGCUUUAAUGGUGAAAAAGUAUUUGAUAUUACUGUGCUGCAAAAAGUAAUUAAUUUGGAAGAAGAAAAAAAGAAAAUUCAAUUGGAAAUGAAAUUAAUAAUAGAUGCGUUAGAUGGUAAAACGGAUGAGUCGAAAAAACUUCUGCAACCUUUUACAGAGAUGUUAAUGUCAGACAUGUGUAAAUUACCAGAUUCAGUGCAACGCAAGUUAAGAAUGAAUAUAAUGCAUCAAGUUGAUACAGAAUUAUCAAAAAUUGAAGUAAAUUAGAAUAAGAACAAUUUAUUUCUGUGUCUCUAUGUCAUGAUUGGAAAAAUAAAUAAAACUAUUUAACCAAAUUUCCUUUUUAUUUUCUUUUUUUUAAUUGAAAAAUAAAAGACGGUUUUAUAAAUUACAUUAUUUUUUUGUUCUUCCUUUUUUUCUUAAUAUUUUCAU